AUGGCCGCCGCCGAGCAAUACAUCCAGCUGGCAAAGACGCUGCCGGCGCAGCUCCAGCGCUUCUUCGCCCGCUGGCCGCCCGUCGCCAUCCUGCCUCACAACGCGGCGACGCCCAAGACGGGUUUCCAGGAGAUCACCCCGAACCCUUUCAAGUCGCAGAAGCACGCCGUCACGGGCAAGUGGCACGACCCCGUCUACUCCAUGCGCCGCCAGGCCGAGAUCGUCAAGCUCGCGCGCCAGCACGGCGUCGAGGAACUGCUGCCCCAUACGGUCAAGGGCACCGAGUACAGGAUUGCGCACCGCGUCGAACACGGAUUAAGGGUGAAGGGUACCGGUGUUGGGCAAAAGGUCAAGGGAAAGAUUCACGAGAGGAUGGUGCAGCCCAGAAUGGAGAAGAGGAGAGCGGCUGUGUUGGCGAUGCCGAAGCUCAUCAAGGAGUGGAAGAAGGUAAGCAUUCAUAAUCUCAUCGGAUACUUGUUGGAAAGAAGAACUGGACAAGAUUCCCCAAAUAAGCACUCUGUUCGCACUUUCCACUUGCGCUGCGUCAAUACCAUAGACGAUGUACAUAUACCAUGUAUUAUCAUGUAUAAGAAACGAACUUCAAUCAACUCCCGCCGCCUUGAACCCCAUAUUUGGGGAUUUCCCCACACUAGCUGCUGGUCACGUCUUCAAAAGCCAUCUCGGAGGUUCAUUUUCGAGUCGACACUUCAACCACAAACCACUCACGUGAUCCCCGCAGAAACAAGCUUCCCAAAAAAACUCCAAUUCGCCAGGGAAAUUUUCACUUACAAUCCCAAAAAAACGACAGCCCGCAAUCCAAGCGGCCCUGCCCGCCGCCGCCGUUCUUCUCACUUACCCUCUUGGCCCAAAAUGACUUCUUCAUCCGCGGCUCAGGGAACAGGGCACACGCACUACGCGAUCCUGGGUAUAAGUCGCAAACUCGUGCAGGAACAGUCACCUACGGCGGGGCCGCAGCAAAUCAUCAAACGGGCCUACCACCGCGCCCUCCUCCAAAACCACCCGGACAAAUACCCACAAUUCAAGAGUACUCCUCCCUCCGGUACAACCACCCGAGCAGUCUCUUCUUCUGCUACUGCCGCCACCUUUUCAAUCGACCAAAUCUCAUCAGCUUACAAGGUCCUCUCGGACCCGAAGCAGAGGGCUGAAUACGACCGCGCUCUAGACCUGGCACCAAAUAAUCAAGGUCUCCAGCGCGGCGACGGCGACGAGGAAAAAGCUUUUCAGACGGGCAUCGAGGUCGUCGAUCUUGACGACCUGGAAGUCGAGGAGCCUCCGUCAGACGAUCCCGAGGCCGAGUGCUCUUGGUACCGUAGCUGCCGGUGCGGCAACCCGCGCGGUUUCUUUUUUACGGAGGCGGACCUGGAAGAGGCGGGUGAGAACGGGGAGCUGCUCGUCGGUUGUCAAGAUUGUAGUCUUUGGAUGAAGGUACAUUUUGCUGUUGUCUCGGAUGAUUGA